AUGGCGCCUCUCACCCUCGUGAUCGCGUCCUUGACCGUCGCACCGGUUCUCUCGUGCACGAGCGUGCUCUUCGGCCCCGGCGCGACCGCCGACGGCAGCGUCUGGGUCGGCCAGUCCGACGACGGCGAGGGCGCCGGCGAUGCGCGCCUCGUGUGGGUCCCGGCGAUGGACUGGCCGGCGGGCUCCAAAAGGCCGGUCUUCGACUACGGCGACUUCCCGCGCAUCGUCGACAGCGAGCGCAAGGUCCCGGCCUACUUCCCGACGGACAAGUUCAACGAGACGGCCGGCAAGAUCGGCAGCAUCCCGCAGGUCGCCCACACGUUCGGCUACUACGAGGCGGACUACGCGAUCUCCAACGAGCACGGCCUCGCCUUCGGCGAAUCCACGGUGUCGGCGAAGAUCUUCACGACGCCCGUGAGCAAGGGCGGGCCCGCGCUCCUGAGCAUGUACGAGCUCUCGCGUUUGGGAGCCGAGCGCUGCAAGACCGCGUCCUGCGCCGUCGACGUCAUGGGCGCGCUCGCGGAGAAAUACGGCUUCUGGGGCGACGACAGCGUCGACACCGGCGGCGAGUCGUUGCUGGUCGCGGACCUCGAGACGCAGUGGAUCUUCCACGUGCUCUCCGCCGACGAGCAUAAGGGCGGCGCGAUCUGGUGCGCGCAGAAGAUCCCGCGCGACCACGCCGCGGUCGUCUCGAACGCCUUCGUCAUCGGCGACGUCGACGAGGGCAGCGACGACUUCCGCUACGCGAAGUCCAUGCAUGCCAUCGCGAAGGCCAGGGGCUGGUGGGACGGCACCGGCAAGCUCCACUUCACCAAGACCUUCUCCGCGGGCGAGUACUCGAGCCACGGCUACUCGGGCCGGCGCAUGUGGGCGUUCUGGUCCGCCGUCGCGCCGUCCCUGGGCGUGGAGCCCGAGUACGACGUCUACGUCGACGCCGUCGGCGGGAACUUCCCCGUGUCCGCCAAGACGGACGCGCCGGGCCUCACGCGCGGCGACCUCUUCGACAAGAUCUACCGCAACUACUACAAGGGCACGAAGUACGACCUCUCCGCGGGCGCGGCGGCGGGGCCCUUCGGGACGCCGAUCCGCGUCAAGCCGGGCGAGGGCGAGCGCACCGUCGCCGGCUCCUGCGGCAGCGACGCAUCGCCCUGCGAGACGUGGGAGCGGUCCAUCGCGUCGUUCCGGUCGACGAACAUUCACCUGACGAACCUCGCCCCGAAGGCGUCGCCCGUGCUGUGGUUCCUGCCCUACGCGGCCGUCGCCGGCGUCUUCCUGCCCGUCGACGUCGUCUUCGGGCCGACGCCGAGCGCGCUCGAAGGCGUCGACAACCGCGCGCCGGACCGCUCCAAGGCGUUCUGGGCCUUCCGCGAGCUCGCGCAGUAUGCUUACCCGCGCUGGUCCGUCGUCGAGCCCGAGAUCCAGGCGCUCCAGAAGCGCCUCGAAGGCGACGUGACCGUCGCGGCGGACGCGGUCAUCGCCGCCGUCCGCGAGUUGUACGACAGCCUCCUCGUCCGCGACUCCGACGGCUGGGACUACGACGCCGCCGCGCGCGUCGCGAACCGCGUCGGCUACCCGGCGGCGUGGCUCGACGACAUCGGCUACACGAAGGGCACGACCUACGCGUGCAAGACGACGUGCCCCUAG